AUGGUUCUGUUUACCGUAUUCUAUCUUUUGCUAACGUUUUAUUUUACUACCUUUUUUUCUUUCAAUUCAUGUUCGUUUGCAGUUUGCGCUGUAAUUUUACGUUACGAACAGAAGGCUAAGAAUACGGAAGAAAUAUGGGAUGAAUUAGGGAUGAAAGGCAUGAAAAUUGGGAAAUUCAUUUUGUUUUUAUGGACGUUGUUGGAAAGGGCAUUGAGUGGUAAAGUGUAUGAAGUUGUUAUCACUUUCAGAGACGUUGGAGAGAAAAUUACUGGUUUAAUAGCGGCGUCUACUUAUAUAGCCAUCUGUAGUCUAAAUGGUUCACAAGCCUACUGUGUCUUCAACCAGUUUCUUUUUCAAUUACCUGCAAUUUCGCUUUUGUCUGCUGUUAAAGAAGAACUAUUUCAGAAAUCUUUGGAAAUCUUGAGGGUAGCUUAUAGACUGCUAACUUUAAGCGGUUUUUCUGGGACGGCGAAUCGUGCUAGUGGAAAUAGGCAGCAGAAAGGUGGAAGGAGAAAAAAACAAACAAAGAGUAUUGCCCAGGAUGAGACAGGCGAAUCAACAAUAGUUGAAAAUCUUACUCCCAGUGACGAAGUUGAAGUAAAGGAACUUCUCUUUGGUGGAUUGGACUCGCUUUUUGUAUUUCUAAACAAAGUCUCUUUAUCUGCCUUUCGUGAUACUGCGAUAUGUACAGCAAAUCUUGUGAGAGAUGUAAUGCAAAUUGAUCUUAACGAAAAUACUAACGUUAUUGAGUGCAGGCGGUAUUCAGAUUUCCAAGAGAAAAAACAUUUUUCUGAUCGGUGUUUCUCUUUAAUGCAUCGUCUAGUAGCUUCAAGACAUUCUGGGACAAAACUUGUUUUUUCUCGGAUAGUAAUGCCCCGUUUGCUAUUUUGGACCUUUGAAAACACCGUUCUGCCGGCCCAGUCUCAUCCAACAAAAAAAAUGGAACUGGGAAAAAACCUUAUGUUAAAUUUCCUAAAAUUACGUGUUGAGAAACAGCUUUCGGAGGAGCUUGAUGCUGUGUUCGAUCUUCUUGAGAAUAUUUGUUAUCGCUGUCCCGAUCGUAGUGAUUAUCGUGUCAGGGUGGCAGAUUGUGUCUUUAGAGUUGUUGGAAUGCUUCCUGAACAAUAUCGCUUUAGAUUUGCUCACUUUUUGACAGUUUUUGGCUCAAACUCUCGUACUUCGUGUAGGAAUUUUGCUAUCGAAGUCAUUCCGUUUAUCGUCCGCCUGUUAGGUACUUCAAAUCUGAGCAUGAUGGUGGAACUGCAAUCAGGGGAAAACGCUCUUGAUGGUAAAGAGUGCCCGAACGAAGAAGUGGCUGAUGAGUUAAGUCGUUCCCAGGAUGAAACUGUUCGAGAAAACAAAGAAAAUACUGCACCUGACUCUACUGCGGUUCCCUCAACCAGUAGAGCAUUGUUCAAGCCUGUGGAAGGCUUGUUGUCUGUAAUUGUCCAAGCCUGUGAUGACAAAGCUCCUACAGCUGAGACGGAGGGUAGUGUUGCAGAGUUGCCCUGUAAAAAUCAGUUUCGUGGUGAAGUUGAAGUUGCUAAUCCAGUUCUUCGAAGUUUGCUGAGUAGAGCUCAAGAUCCUAAAGCUUCUGCGCGAAAAGCAGCGAUACAGGCCCUUGAAGUCUUCUUUCCUUAUUUGGAAAAGGAGUCCGAUAUUGAAGCUGCUUUAGACUGCUUUCAGGUAAAACACGUCACGAUACUCGGAACUUUUUUUCUUUUUCAGAAACGGUGUAGAGAUGAAUCGCUUUUGAUACGUAAACAGUCUGCGGAAUCGAUCAUGAAAGAGGGUAUGUUGAAUGAAAGAGUCGUUGGUACAUUAUUAAAAAUCAGCGAACAGCCGGAACGUUCCAAUAUAGCAUGGAUGCUUCUUAAAGACUUCUCUGUUGUGUUCAGAGUGGACCCGACAUUAGCGUGCCAGUUUUGGUUUUCAAUAAAUGAACACGAUUUGUCGAACAUUACAUUCUACAUUGCACAUGUGUUAGCUCGAAGUUGUAAGCGUCUAAGUGAGAACGACCGGCAGCGUUUAAUAAAAGAUAUGGAAGAAAAGUUGCUUAGUUUCAGGUUGCCAGAAAAACACAUUCCUUCCGUUUAUUAUGCCUUUGCUAAACUUCACGAUGGUGUUGGAGAAAAAGCUUCUGGUUUGAAAGCUUUUUUUAAUGUUAGUGCAUCCAUCGGUUCCCGAUGCUACCAAACAAUGUUAGAUAUUUUGUACCUUCCCCAAUCAGGUUCCCAACCGUCGCAAAUAUUGCCUUCUCAGACACAGGAAGAAGGAGCUCGCCAGCUUUUACGAAUAAUUUGUACGAUAGGUGAAGUUGUUCAGUAUGCACCAACGUUGAAAAAUGGAAAAUGGUUUCAUGAACUUCAGUUGAUAAUGGCUUCUGAUGUUAUUCAGCAUCAGUUAACUCGUGACGGUUUUCAGUUACCAACUUCCUUACCUAGCAGACCAUCUACACGAGCAACUAGCGCUUAUGGUCCAAGCAACUAUGUCACUAGUUCUCAAGUAUCAGGUAAUGAUAUAAUGCCUUCAAGUACAGGACCAACAUUCUUACAUAAAACUAUAGCAAACAUCAGUGUGAUUACACCUGCAGUUCGAGCCCAAGCAGUUAUGACUAUUGGAAAGAUGUGUAUGCUGAACUUGAAACUGGCGAAAAUGUGUAUUCCAAUAUUUGCCAAGCAGGUCCACACAAAUAGUGAUCAUUUGGUUCGUAAUAACAUUGUAAUAGUCGUAUGCGAUUUGUGUAUUAGGUAUACGUUCCUGGUUGAUCGCUAUAGUGAAAUUCUCGCAUCGUGUUUAAAUGACGAAUCAACGCUUGUACGUAAACAGACGCUUAUUCUCUUAACAAACCUUAUCAAAGAAGCAUUCAUUAGGUGGGAAGGGCAGAUUAUGUACCGUUUUGUGUCUACAUUGUUAGAUGAAGUGACGGAGAUUAAAGAAUAUGCGGAAAUGUGCUUGGUCGAUGUCCUUCUUGUCCAAUUUCCAAAUAUGAUUUCAAACCAUUUUAUUGAAUGUUUAUUCUACUUUAAUGCCGUCGCGCACCGUUCAUGGACAGCUUUUAAUCAAGGUGAAACGUUUUGGGACUAUGGUGAGGAGAAAAAAAGACAGCCUGAAUCGAGAAAAUCUCCUUUGAGAGGAUCUGCUUUUAAAGAGAAAAGGAUGAAAUUGUAUAGGUUCAUGGUAAAAACGUUCGAUGAUCAAGCAAAACUGGAAAUUAUGAAACGCAUAUCUAAUGAAGUAUUUUUUGCCACGGCCGAAGGUGCCCUAAGUGUAUCUGAAGCGAGCGUCGUAGCGCUCCUUGAGGAUUGCUAUGAUGUGAUGUGCCUUAAAGAAAUAAAGCUUUCUAUGGCAGUUGGAACUCGUGGAGGUGACGACGACGAUGAAAAUGAUUAUCCAGCAGAAGUUGUGGUGAGAUAUCUUUUUUACUAUGUGUUUUUUAUUUUGCAGGCUGAAGUUAAAAAAGUUUUUGCUAAAGUGUUCCGCUCAACCAUUGUUGACAAUAUAUUGCCCGGCAUUAUCAGUUUGAAGUAUUUCUUACAAGACAAGAUGCAGGGUUCUCUUGCUCGUGGGAUUUGCAGAGUAUUAAGAGAAAUGAGUCGUGACCAUCGCGAGCAGUUGGAUGAAUUUCUUGCAAGUGAUCAACGUUUGAAAGCAGAAGUCGAGUAUGACUUAAGAAAAUUGGAGGUACAGGAACUGACAAUUUAG